AUGUCGAGUGUCAAGAAGGCACUCAAGUUGGCUAAAAGCGCAAUCGAUCUGGGUGAUGCGGAAUUGGCCCACGAGCACAUUCAGGAUGCGCUCAGAACUGAUCCUGAGUCCUACUUUGCCUAUGUAUUUCUCGGAAAGGCAUACCAGUUAGAAAAUGAUAUAGCCAAUGCCAAUAAAGCUUUCGAAAGAGCGACUCAGUUGGAGCCAGAGAAUAUGUUGGCUUGGAGGGGAUAUUUGCAGAGCGUUAAAAGCGAGUCUGAUUAUGCGCUUUUUUUCAAGGUUGUCACUCAAUUGAUACGAUUACAAGUAGAUCAAGGUUUUUCUAUAGCAGAAACCAUAAAGGAUAUCCGAAACUACUUGGCUGUGCAAAAGUACAAGAAGAACCCAGUUCUCCAUGAAAUGUAUCUCCGGCAAUUAAAACCGGGAGCUGAGCUAGCCGAACUUGUUGGUUCAGCUCUUGGAAAUCCUGUUGAUAAUCUUCGAGACUUGAUCAAGUUGACAGCCAAGAAGUUGGAAGUUGAGGUAACGCACAAAUCGGCAAAAGAAAGAGUGAAGUAUGGUAGGAGAUUGACAGCAAACCAGCAGCUCAAGAUGGACAACUUCCAAUGGGCCAUCUAUAAGAAUACAGACUUAGAGUCGUUGUACGAAAUGUAUCUCAAUAUAGGCACAAAUGACGACCAGAGAAGAAUCUUUGAGGAUGAUUUGUUGAAUUUCAGGUACCAACUUCUCAAAGUUUGCCCUGAGAAGAAAGAAUUGUUGCACAAGAUCCAGGAGAUGGUAGAUGGCAUGGCGUUGGUGAGGACGUCGAGUCGUGUUUGCUGGAACUUAUAUUUUGAAUGGCUCGAUAUCCAAAACAUAGCUGAUCUUCAUGAAAGAAAUGUCAUAUAUUACUUAAAUCACUUCCCUGGUGAUGGAUUAGGGAUCGUACUCUAUGCCUACGCAUUAAGUGACAUAUCGCCUUUCAACAAGAAUGUAAUCAUCAAUAGUGUCAAAAGUCACGAUUCAUUCACCUCGACCAAAGAGCAGAAGACUAGUAAACGUAAAAAGAGAUACGAAGCCGCGACAGAAGUGGAAUCAAAUACAAAACCAGGCAAAGAUAGAGAUCCUUAUGACAUUAGUCAAUUCUACCUAUCUUCAGAGGAAGUGAUAUCUUUCAUGUUAAAAGGCUAUGACUGUUCCAAACAGUCAGUGUUGGCCAUCAGAAUCAUUAUUGAAUUUUAUAUUCGUUCCCGAAACUUUCCAGAAGCAACUAAGAAGUGCAAAGAGGGUAUUCGUCUUCUUGCUGAUUUACAGAGAAGCUUUGGUAUCAAUUUGAAGAAUUCCAGAGAACAUAUCUUGUCCUCUUUAGCUGACAUAUACACCCAGCAAGAUACUCCAAAGAACUUCAACAAAGCCCUUGAAUUGUACAACAAAAUCUUGGAUUUUAGUCCUGAUAGCGUUAAUGCCAGAGUUGGCAAGGGUUUGAUUUUGAUUGAGAACGGCAAAUACGCUGAAUCAAAGAUGUUGUUAGAAGGCGUAGUUCAGAAACACCAAGACAAUGUCGUGGCUCAGGUCGAAUACUAUUGGUGUCUGAUCUUGCUAAAUGACCACGAAUCUGGAAGAAAAGGCUUGUAUUCUGCGUUGGAAAAGAUCAAUGGAGUAGAUAAUCUAAGUAAAGAAAGGAGGUCUGUUAUCCGAUGGAGAAUAGCUCAAAGUUACUACGUUGAAGACAGCCUGAACGCUCAUAAUCUUUCAAAUGCUUAUUCUGUCUUGAUAGAGGCUCUUAAGGACUCUCGAUCAUAUGCCCCAAUAUACACUUUGUUGGGAAUCUUGUUUAAGGACUACUAUUCCGAUUCUGCUCGUGCCCAAAGAUGUUUUUACAAAGCAUUUGAGUUGGACUACGGGGAAACUACGGCUGCCAAGUAUAUCGUAGAAGAAUUAUCUUCUAAGGAUGAGUGGGGUCUAGCUCAAACCAUCUGUGAAAGAAUCGUUAACUCUGAGGAUGCCAUGGAACUGAUUCUGAAAUCUGCUAAAGAUAACAAGGAUAGAUCCUGGCCAUAUAGAGUAUUAGGUUACUGUGGUCUUAAUAGGCAAAGCGAUUAUGGCACCGUUGAAUGGUUACAGAAUGCAUUGCGGAUUGAUUCGACGGACUACGAAUGUUGGACUGCUUUGGGCGAAGCGUACCUUAACUGUGGACGACUUGAAGCUGCUGUCAAAGUCUUGCAGUUUUCGUUGUCUCUCAAUGAAGGGGCCUGGGAAACCAAGUACUUGUUGGGUAUUGCUCAUUGUUCAAUCUUUGAAUUUGAUGAAGGAAUCAAGCACUUAGUAGAAGCUUUGGAAUAUAACCCUGGUCAAGAAUGUAUCUUGAAUGCUAUCUAUGAAUCUUAUUUGGAAAAUACCCAUUACUUAUUGUUUAAUGGCUUUCUGAGAAGAGCGAUUCUGUCCAAUUUUGAAACUAUCAAAUAUCUUCAAUUGCUGGUAAUGCAAAAUAAAGAUUCGCAAAGCUUAUGGAAAGCAUUGGCAGAAUGCUUUCAAUUCUACUUGACGGUAAGAGAAAAGAUAGGUUCAUUCCCAAUAGACUUCAUGGAGUCCUUAUUUGGAACAGUCAAUUUUGAUACCCCAACUAAUGAUGUUCUUGCCAAGCUUGAAGAUAAGGAAUCCUCUAACUUAUCCUACAACGUCUCCUUGUUCAAUUCUGGAAAACGGGAGGAGGCAAUUUGUAACUUUAUGAUCAUGAGCUCCAAAGCAGCAGUUCAAUUCUUGACCAAUAAGCCGAAUCGUUCUGUCAGUGCGGCUGCUUACUACAACCUUGGAUUAUCAUACUCUGAAGCUUUCCAAUUGACGGAUAUCGCUGCUUAUAGAGACAACGCAAUUAUUGUUCUCAAGAAAGCAAUUCAAUUGGAAGAUACGAACGCUUCUUUCUGGACAGCUUUGGGUAGUGUGUAUGUUACAUCCAAUGUCAGAAUCUCCCAACAUUGUUUUAUCAUGGCCUGUGAAAUUGAUGGAAGGGAUGUUAUUGUUUGGACCAACUUGGCUGCUUUGUACUUGUAUGUGGGCGAUUAUGAAUUGGCAAAUGAAUGUUUCUUGAGAGCGCAGGCAGCAGAACCACUAGAAACAAAUCCAUUGUUGGGUCAAGCUUUGGCAGCUGAUGCUAUGGGUGACGAGAGCUUGGCUGCCAAAAUCUUCAGCCAUGCUUUCUCUACCUCUAGAGGAAGGUCACCGUUGGCUUUGGUUUUGUAUGGUUUGUCUGUUUUGCAAAGGAGAAUUGACGAUAUAGAUCCCACCGAUUAUGCUGCCUCACUAGAGUUUAGUCUUGCCAACGAAGCACUAUUGACUUACUUGAAGUAUGCUCCAGAUGACGUGUUUGCUUUAGAAGCUGCAGCUACCAUCGCUGAAAGAUGUAAAAGUUACGAUGUUGCUGUUACGGUUGGUGAACGCUUAUGUACAAUCCUUGAAGCUAAGUACGAGGAAACUGAAGAUGAACAGACAUUGGUCAAAUACGCUUCUUCCAAGUCCCAGUUGGCCAGACUCUAUCUAGGAAUGCUUGAAUACCAGAAAGCACUUGAUUGUGCUGAAAAUGCUAUCGAGUUGAUUGGAGAUCUGACUGAGGACGCUGAAUUGAGCAAGAUUGAAUUAUCAUCGAGAAUUGUUCUUGGAUUGAGUUGGUUCUUUAAUGAUGAAUUCGAGCUAGCUCUUAAAGAGCUUAGGUCUAUACUUUCCGACCACGGUAACACCAGAAGCAUUGCUAUACUUGUAGCACAAAUACUCUACGCCUACGGCAGUGAAGAGACAAAGCUGGCAGCAUUGGACCAGCUCUUUUCGUAUAUUGAAGAGAAUGGUUCUUCGCUUGCAGUAGUAUUGACGUUGGGAGCCAUGUGCGUGGGCGACAAUAUCGAGGAGUACCUUUUACCAGUCAAGGAGGAAUUGGUUGGUAUUCUGUUGGAAGAUGUUAUCCGCGAUACACAUAGAGACAUUCCUCGAUUGAUCAGCGAAAUCAACAAGCGAAUCGACGGUGUUUCAGGCAACAACGACUAUCUUUGGCAGAGGAAUGCCGUUUUGUUCCCAUCUGAAUACGAAGUGUGGAAGAAACUCAAUAGUACUAUGGCUGUCAGUGUGGCUGCGUUAGAAAAGUCCAAGGUCAGUGCUUCCCAGGCUAGUGAAGCACAUCUUUUGGGUGGCUCUUUGCGUGAACUUCAGAGAAGUAUGAUCCUAGCUCCAAAUCUGGCUAUUGCUUCUCAAGCUUUCCAGAAGAUGUUUGCCUAG